UGAGAGCACGUAAAAGUCGGUGUGAAUUGCUUGGCAUCUCUAAUGUGCGAUCAUUAGCUGCGGAUGUGUGCAGAGCAGGAUGUUGUUUCUGUUUCUAUUGGCUGUCUGCUGUCAGAAGGUAUUUUCUUUGUCUCUUUGAGAUCAGAUGACGAAGGUUUUGUCUUACCAGCCAGUUAAGUAAUGCUUUUCAUGGGGAUUUCAUGAGGCCCACGUGUUUUUCUUUGACAUCGACAGAUGAAUGCAAUCGGCCAAUUUGUUUUUCAUAAAGAUUAUGUUGUUAGAGGAACCGCUGAUGCAUUGAUGAGUCCACAUUUGCUUCCUAGCAACCGGUCGCCACAGCUCUCGUGUUCCUCUGUCUGCCAGCCUCCGUGAUGUCUUUUCAUGGUAUUCAUUGGGUCAUUGUAUUGUGCACAAUGAGGCCUAAAUCUAUAUAAUUAAAGGCAGAUAAGGCUUAAGAAACAUUGUUAUCAGAUUAUGAUAAAUAAUCUGGCAAAACCAAAUUUGACUGUCAUCUUCUUUUCUUUUUUUGAAUCCGGACACUGUUGAUUACAUCUGAUUUCUUUUUUUUUUAAUUUCUCUAAAUUAAACAGAUUUUUUUUUUUUACCUUUACCUUAAAGAAAUAUUAACAAUAAUUAUUUUUAUUUUUUAUGCAGUUUUGAGGGCAAGUUGGGUGGUCCAUCCUUAUUAACCUUUGACCUUUGCUAUAAUUCUGUUGAGGACUCCAGCUGGGCGCUUACUCAGGUGUGGGUGAUGUGCACAUUGUUCCCUUUGUGGUUCACUUGACCUACCAAGAGUCUGAUACACGAUUCUUCGUUCUCUGUUUAAAAAUUCAGAAUGUUGAUCUUUUGCACAAAAUAUCUCCUCGAGACUGUAACAUUAAUUUAUAUUAAUAUUUAUUUAUAUUUGUUGUUUUGGACAUUUUUGUUGGUUGGAAAAUUAACUGAUUCUCAUGGUGCGUUCCUUGUCUGACUGACAGUUGAUGUAACAUAUACACACAGCUUUAUUAAGAACACCUGCUCAACUGCUUGUUAACACAAUAUGGCAACAAAUCAGUGAAUUUAGGUUUUUAGACUUGUUCAGAAUGGCUGGCUGAAGUUCAAACUGAGGAUCAGAAUGGGGAUGAAAGUUGAUUUAAGUUCCUUUGAACAUGCCAUGGUUGCUGGUGCCUGAUGGGCUGAUCUGAGUAUUUCAGAAAAUGCUGAUCUGCUGGGAUUUCUCCACACAACCAUCUGUAUGUAUCUGAAACAAUCCAGUCAGCCGCAGUUCAAGCGGCUGACUUGAACUUCUUCAAGCUGGUAGGUAGCAGUACUCAAAUAACCAUUCUUUAUACCUAAGGUACCAGAAGAGUAUGAGUGCUGCGAACUACAGCAGCUGAAGACCACACCUACUGUCAGCCAAGAACAGGAAACUAAGGCUACAGUUCACAUAAGAGUCAUUAGAACUCGACAAUAGAAGAUUAGAAAAAUGUUGGCUCAUUAGGCUCUCUUCCACAGUGUGUCCUUGUCCUCCUCCUGUCUUCCUCACCCCCAAAUUAGUCAUGUUGGUAAAAAUAUUUAUGUUCCUCAAAAGGUUGAAUCAAAUGUUGUUUGGCUGCUCUGUUUCAGGCCCUGAGGUAUCUUGGGAAUAAAGUGCGCAGACAGCGGAUGUGGGGAGGCCCCAAGAAAACAAAGAUGGAAGAGGCCAGAGAGCUGUUAGCAUCUCUCAUUCUCACACAUGUGCCUGUGAAAGAGUUUAAUUUUCGGGCUAAGUGUAUUUACCUGGCCGUGAUGGUGCGGCGGGUGAUCCUGGCUCAAGGGGACAACAAGGUGGAUGACAGAGAUUACUAUGGCAACAAACGUCUUGAGCUGGCUGGACAGCUCCUGUCUCUGCUGUUUGAAGAUCUCUUUAAGAAGUUUAAUGCCGAAUUGAAGAAAAUCGCAGACCAGAUCAUCCCCAAGCAGAGAGCAGCUCAGUUUGAUGUGGUCAAGCACAUGCGGCAGGAUCAGAUCACCAACGGCAUGGUCAAUGCGAUAUCCACGGUGAGAAAGUCAUGGCUGCUAUAGCUCAGGAGGUCGUUCCAUCUCAAACAACAUUUUGGAAAGUUUUCUACUCAACCAUCUGCAUGUUGCAUCAAAAUUUUAUGGUCCAAAAUUUUUGCGUAUAUAAUGAGAAUUUUAGCUUCAUAUGUCAGACACUUUUAAGAUAUAUAUUUUAGAAAGGUUAUCGUGUCAAACCUUUUUUAAUGUUUAUUUAUUUUUAUGUUUAAAUAUAAAUAGCUGAAAACUAUUAAAGAUAAAAUCUUGACAUUUUCCAAGUUACAGAUCCUCUAAUUUGCCUGCAUCCAAAAAUGUCUGUUCAUUGGCUAGUUAAAGUUUAAAGGACAAAAAAUCCCAUAUUUGAGUAUGCACUAAUAAAAACAAACAAUAAAAACCUUUAAAUAGGCUAUUAGUGAUCAUUUUAAAAUGAUAUAUAGUUAAAUUUCACAGCACUGUAAUACAAAACAUGUGUACAUGAAAUUCUUUGUCACAAAAAUGGACCAAAUUCAUUUUCAUUCAUCUUUUAUUUUGGGUUGAUCAAAUAUUGAACAUAAAAAACUAAAAUAUCAGUAUUAAUGGUGUCCUGGUCGGCUGAGCUGUAUUGCUUGCUGGCUGGACUCUCUUUAAAGUCAGUAUCUGACAUCAAACAGCUUGCAAAACAGUCUUGAUGGAUAAAUAGAGCUGCAGGCCAAAAGAAACAGACGUGCAGGGGAAAUGUUCAUUUAACAUAUCAAAAUGUUUAUUACAUUUAUUAAAGAUCCUUAUGAUAGCUAAAAAAACCCCAAAACAAUCAAAUAUCAGGCGUACCGACAUCAUCACCCGUAGUGCCUCCAAUUAAGUAGAGGUUCAGUUUGUGUUCCUAUGUGAGUUUAACUUAAAAUUUUCAUCAAUGGCCUGUAACUUGUAAUAGAAGAAUAAAGUGGUCACUGAUCAAACAAAAAUUAGAAAGCAGGAGUUACUUAGAUGGAGAUUUAUAGAUUUAUAUUAAAACAACAUUAAGAGUGAAAUCCUGCUUCCGCUUUCAGAAUUUAAGCCAGAAAUGUCUCUUUCUUAAUUUGGAGAUUGCAUGAAUUUUUGUAAUAUUAAAAUGAAACAUGCACCACUUAUGAAUAGUUGCUAAUACUGGCACACUCUAGCUUCCAUUUUUGGAUGCUUAUCAGUCAUUAAAAUGCAUUAAUGAGCAAUAAAGUGUUGUGUACUAAGUAAUAUUUACUAUGCAGUAGGGCUGCCACAAACGAUUAUUUUGAUAGUCGACUAGUCACCGAUUAUUUAUGCGAUUAGUCGACUAAUCAGAUCAUCAUCCACUGGACG